ACUAAGCUUCGAAAACUUCACGAAUAUUGUCCUGUGCUUUCUCUCCUCGUAUUCCCUCUCUCAGAUACUCGAAAGUAUGACGCGAAUGCGACUGUUGUUGGGUUUUCUGGCGUUGGCUAAUGGCCAGGUCAUUUAUCCGGAUCAGUACAAUAGGAUGACUAGCUUCGGUCGUGCCUCGGCAUUAUCCGCUAAUUACCAAGCGGACAGCAGUAGUCAACCUGUUCAAAUGAAUCAACAAUUCAAUCCAGGAUCCGCUGUCCAAUCGAAGCCGACAGGAGAAUUUUAUUCUACGACCGCACGCGUACCCUUGUAUUCGUCGACGAGUACUGUACUGACAGCCAGUCCGCAAUCUACGUCGGAAGCUUGGCGCAAUCAUGUAAACAAUAUCGUAUCGAGGGGUAUCACAAAGUUUGCUCUGGACUUGGAUAGAGCGAUUGAUAAAAGCUCUGGCACUUUAACAACUAAUAAUCACGAGAACGUGAUUUUUUCUCCGCUCAGUGUAUCUGUCGCGUUGUCAUUAGUCUUAUUGGGUUCCGCCGGCAAGACCUUCGACGAAGUUACCCGGAUACUUGGCUUAGAGACCGGUGUCGAUAUAUCUCAACAUUCAGAAAUUGUUCAUCAAAUGUUUGGUCAGCUCCUGGCCAUCAUGAAUUACAGAGUUGAGAAUAGCAAUAUGCCGCGCGUGAGUUCUGCCAGUGGUAUCUUUGUCCAGCAAGGAUAUCCGAUUCGAUCAGAAUUCCGCGCGAUCAGCGAGAAUGCGUAUAAUAGCGAAGUGAUAAAUGUAGAUUUUCACACAAAAGCCAAAGAAGCGCGAGACAUAAUCAACGCAUGGGUGAAAAAAAGAACAAUGGAUAAAAUUGAUAGUAUAUUGAAUGACACGCCACAUCCAUUGACAACUGUGAUUCUUUUAUCAGCACUGUAUUUCAAAGGAGAAUGGAAUCAACAUUUCUUGGAAGGUAUGACACGGAGGAAACCAUUCUUCAUCGAGCCGAAUAACUCAAUCGAAGUAGAUAUGAUGUAUAACGGUGGUCAUUUUCCCUUCUACGAGGACAAAUCGUUGGGCGUUAAAAUAUUGGCUCUACCUUAUAAAGGUUUAGAGAUGUCUAUGUAUGUACUUCUGCCGAAAGAUGAAGGAGCCGCCGCAUUGAAGAAUUUCCAGAACCAACUGACAGUCGAUACUAUUGAGUAUCUAAUAAACAAUACGAAGAACGAGACAUGUGUCAUCGGUUUUCCCCGUAUGAAACUUUCGAGCAAAUUGAAUUUGAACCAAGCACUUGAAAGUCUAGGUCUACAUUCAUUGUUCAAUCCAAAAACUGCGGAUUUAAGCCUCUUGUCAAACGGAUACGGUCAAGCGCCACAAGCACCAAUCGUACCGAUUCCGCAAGCACAGGCUGCAGCAAUUCCGCAAGUACAGACUGCAGCGAUUCCGCAAGCACAGGCUGCAGCGAUUCCACAAGUACAAGCCGUUCCGAUUCCACAACCAUUGGCCACAUGGAUUCCGCAAGGACAAGCUGUACCAGUUCCACAAUCAUUUGAGUCGAUGCCACAACCAUUAUCUACAUCAAUUCCCCUGGCUGCGCCAGUUCCACAACCACUUGCUACAUCGAUUCCACAAGCGUCAUCACAAGUGUCACGGCAAAUCCCUUCCGGGCAAUCACUGAAGACCGAUCAGAUUUUGAUUUUCUCGCGAUUUGGGAAUAAUAAUACUCAUCAGGAGGCAAAAAGGAAUUACUUUGUGUACAACGAUAAGAAACACGGUGUCAAUGUAGAACAAUGGGACAAUGGUUUCACUAUCCGUAAGACUGAUAGAACACGUCGCGACGCUAAGAACGAAAGAGGACGUAACAACACGAAGUCAUCUCAUGCGACAUACGUUAUGGAGAACGAAGAUCUUGAAAAUAUCGCGUCAAAGAUUGGCGAUGUGAAUACGAAAUACGUGGGCUUGGAAGAAAACAAAUAUCGUUUCAAAAAUGCCGAGAAGAAAAGCAGAAGGAGACGGCAAAGCCGACCCAUAGAUCAGAACUUCCUGAGAUUCAUGCAAACUCAAAAUUUCCCCUUUUACGGUCUAGAUAUUCUGCGAAACAGCGCGAAUCUCGUGAAUCCGGGCCUGUAUGCCGACGAGGUGUUGCAUAAAGUAGAGAUGGAUGUAACGGAGAAGGGGACGGAGGCCGCCGCAACGACUGCGGUGGCUUUGCGCCGAGAUGGUAAUCAGAAGAAGCUGGUUGCCAACCGGCCUUUCAUAUUUUUCAUCAGGCACGACCCCACGAAACUGAUUCUUUUCUGGGGAACGGUGAACAAACCGACUCCACACUACGCCGUCGUCAGAUGAAGUGCACUAUGAACGUUUCUCUUAGAUAUAACGAAGUUUGCUUUCCUCGCGAAUAAUUCCUACUUAUUUUUUUAUCUAUUUAUAUAUUCAUUCUUAAUUCAAACAAAUGCGAUUAUUUUGUAUGCCUUUUUUUUAUACAUUUUGCAUUGUUGUAACACGCGAUUUCCACGCAAUAAUAUUGCGGUCACGAAUAUUGCAUUGCAAUAUAUUUGUAACACGUGUGCUUCGAAGCUUAUUUCGUGUCGUAUACCUGUGUGAGUUAAAAAACGACAUUAAAAUUAUGUUAUUUAAGUAUAAAUAGACAUAAUAUUGCAUUUUUUUUUAAAAUGUAACAACUAUUGAAAUACGAUUCAUGCAAGGAGAUAAAUAAGAUAA